AGAAGUCGUAUAGGUGAGAAGCCAUAUGAAAGUUCAGGAUGUGGGAAAGCUUCCCACAUUAAGUCUCAGCAUCAGAUCACUCAUACAGAGGAGAAGCCCUACAAUCAAGUGUUUGGAAUGUGGGAAAUAUUUCUACUACAAAUCACAGAUCACUGAGCAUCAGAGAAGUCAUACAGGUGAGAAGCCACAUGAAUGUACAGAAUGUAGGAAAGUUUUUUUACUAUAAGUCACAACUCAGUCGACACCAGAGAAGUCAUACAGGGGAGAAGCCUUAUGAAUGUAUUAAAUGUGGAAAAUCUUUCUACUGUAACACACAUCUUUCUCUACACCAGAGGAUUUAUGUAAGUGAGAAACCUUAUAAGUGUACAGAAUGUGGGAAAGCUUUCUCUUUCAGUGCGUGCCUCACUCAUCAUCAAAGGACUCAUACAAAUGAGAAACCAUAUGAAUACACACAAUGCCCCAAAGCCUUCUACUUUAAGAAACAACUUACUCAUCAUCUGAAAACACAUACUGCUGAGAGGUGCUUUGAAUGUAAGCAUUGUGGAAAAGCAUUCUACUGGAGGUCUAACCUUAUUUUGCAUCAGAAAACUCAUACUGGUGAGAAACCUUAUGAAUGUAAGCAAUGUGGAAAAGCAUUUUACUGCAAGUCCCACCUCACUGUACAUCAGAGAACUCAUAUAAGUGACAACCUCUAUCAAUGUACAGAAUUUAGGAAAGCAUUCUACUCUCAGACACAGCUUACUGUACAUCAGAAAACUCACACUGAUGAGAAGCCCUAUGAAUGUAAGCAAUGUGGGAAAGCAUUCUACAGCAAAUCUGGGCUUACUACACAUCAGAAAACUCAUACAGGCGAGAAGCCCUAUCAAGAGUGGGGAAAAGAAUUCUAUAACAACUAUUUUCUCAUUGAGCAUCAUCGAGUUCAUACAGGUGAGAAGCCAUAUCAAUGUACAGAAUGCAAGAAAGCAUUCUAUUGCAAGAAGUAUCUUUCUCUACAUCAGAAAACUCAUGCAAGUGAGAAGUCAUUUCACUGUGCAGAAUGUGGGAAAGUUUUUUCCUGGAUGUCACACCUCACUCAACAUCAGAGAAUUCAUACAGGUGAGAAACCCUAUACCUGUGAACAGUGUAGGAAAACAUACUACUUCAAGAAACAACUCACUCGACAUGAAAGAACUCAUACACGUGAGAAAUCACUAGAUGUAAAUAAUGCAGGCCAUUUCUCAGCAGAUACAACUUCUCCGUGUAUGAAAGAACUCAAAGGAGAAAUGCUGUAACUAUCCAAUGCAGAAAUUUUUCUUCCUCUUGUCAC